UAGACCGGGUAAAGGACUAGGACGGAUUGGGAUUAUUCCAAGAGCAGAACCGGACUAAGAGCGGCGAUAGAUUGGAAAAGACCUGGGUGAGACCGGGACAAGUGGCCCCGAAAGAUAACAAGGAGAGAUCGGCUCUGACUGAGAUUUAGGGACUAGACCGGGGCAGGGGUCACUCUUUCUCCCCCGCUCCCGGGGGCCAUGCUGCAGAGUCCGGCCGGCACCGCUCCUCCUGAGCCCAACAGCUCGUCGUCAUCACCGGCGGGCAGCCUGCAGCCAGCGGCCCCGGCCCCGGGCCCGGGCCCCCAGGCAGCAGCCGCUGCCGUGCUGGUGUCCCGGGACAGAGAAGCCCCGCUGCCUGGGCCCCCUUACAGCUGCUCGGAACCCAGCAGCGACGAGGACGAGGAGCUGGUGGUCGCCUCGGCCCCGGCUCCGCUUGACAGGCGGGGGGUCAAAAGGCGCCUGUCCGACCUGGAAGCAGCGGCUGCGGCGGGCCUGGCAGGGGUGAGCGGACACGGCCCGGGGCUAGAGCCUGGUCCGGGGAGCUUAGCGCCGGCUGGAGGCUAUGGGGCAGCGUCGGCCCCAGGAGGGACUGCACCAGGAGCCGGACUAAAGCCUGGCAAGAAAACUAGGGGCAGAGUGAAAAUUAAAAUGGAAUUUAUCGAUAACAAACUGAGGAGAUACACGACCUUCAGCAAGAGGAAGACUGGCAUCAUGAAGAAGGCCUAUGAGCUCUCCACACUAACGGGUACCCAAGUGCUUCUCCUGGUAGCUAGUGAGACAGGACACGUGUAUACCUUCGCUACAAGAAAACUGCAGCCUAUGAUCACCAGUGAGACAGGGAAGGCAUUAAUCCAGACGUGUUUAAAUUCCCCUGAUUCCCCACCACGUUCCGAUCCCACUACGGAUCAGAGGAUGAGUGCCACAGGAUUUGAAGAAACUGAUCUGACGUAUCAGGUUUCGGAGACGGACAGCAGCGGGGAAAAUAAGGACAACUUGAAACCGACAACAUUCACAGUGGCCAACGUUCCGGGAUCUACAGGCGUCAAUCAAUCAGUUUCAAACACGUCAACUAAUCUCCAGGUCAGCACAGGUCACAACUUUCCCAUCACCAACUACCUUGCUCCUGUCACCGCCAUCGCCAAUAGCAACGGCACCGUCUUCAAAUCAACCGGUACAGGCACUUCCGGCAGCAUGGUGCAGCUCCCGAGUGGAUUCACUCUCAUGUCAGGUACAGCACUGCAAGGCACACCAACUAUCCCGAUUGGUCAGCUCCAGCAACAUUCCCUGGCCAUCCAGGGUCAGCAGGGUCAGGUGGUGACCAGUCAGUCACAGCAAGGACAGCAGACCAUCUUUCGUUUCCCAGCAUCUGCAGGCGGACAGAUAGUCUCCAUUGCAGGUGGUGCAAUGGCCCAACAGGUUCCAGUACAGACGAUUCAGUUACACCAAGCCUCGGGGCAGGUGAGCGUGCACCAGUCUACGCAACACACGCCAGCUACCAGCGACAGCAGCUCCGAGAUUUCUCAGGCCUCAACCAGCGGAGCAAUGACACUGCCAGCAACAAUCGUCACGUCGUCUGUACCCACCUCGAUGGCCAGUCACGUGAUGUACCCCAGCCCACAUGGUACGGUCAUGUACACGACCUCCAGUCCCGGCCUGUCUGAUGGCGGACUCACAGUUCUCAACGCCUUUUCUCAGCCUUCUUCGGGUAUGCAGGUGUCUCACGGCCAGAUGCAAGAGCAGGGUGGUGUCCCUCAGGUUGUGCUCACUGCUCCCACAGGAACAGUUCAAAUCCCAUUGUCAGCCGUCCAGCUACACCAGAUGGCAGUCAUUGGGCAGCAGUCAUGCACUGGUAGCCUGACUGAGCUUCAGGUGAGCAGCCUAGAGACGUCACACAGCAACAAGCUGGCCCAAAACGAUUAACCCUUCAUAUCCAGGACUGAGAGAAGCAGCAUCUAUUUAAAAAGAGAAACUGAGUGCCAUAUUUAUUUAUUUUUUUCCCCCCUCACCCUUCACCCCUGUUUUAUUCAGAAAGAAUGGAUGGAACUUUUUCUAAAUCAAUGUGAAAUUACCGAUGGCCUAAGGAUUAUCUUUUACACAAUUCAAAGCGAUUUGCACGCUGUGGACCCAUAUCAAACCAAACUCAGCCAAAAAUUGACACUGUUGUGAGAGUCUUGUAACGACUUGAAAUCACUCCUCUGCCUGUCCCUUGGAGGAACAUCGUCAUUUUGUUCAAAAUGCAUCUGGUUUUGUCAUUGCUCCAGUUUUAGCCGUGAUGCUCUAGCUUGGUUUGGGCUGUGCUGGGACAGGGUAGGGGCACUGAGCAGGGUGUAUGUGGACAGACACAGGAGUCUGCUGAAGCUGUGUGCUGACUUCAACCCUUGGUGACAUCGUGCUUUGAUCUUGUUUUGGAAGUCGAAGGAUAUCAUGGCAUUAAUUUUCCAUAUCUGUUUCUCCAGCAGUUCUUUUGAGAUUAUAUUUUUACUGAAAACAAAAUUGUUGGAGGUGUGUGUAUAUAAAUAUGCAUGUGUAUAUUAUACAUGUGUGUAAUAUGUAGAUACAAAAUAUGCACCCAUAUAUAAUAUAUAUGUAUUGCUCAUAUACGCACACACAAGAAGUUUAGUAUUUAGAAAGUUUUUUAAUGAAGUCUAUAUGAACUUGAUCUACGCUGAAUUAAUUGAUUUAUUAGAGUGGCCUUUGGAAGGGGAUCACCAUAAGUGACUUCACUCACGAUUCUGCACUAAGGGAGCAAACAUUCGGUGAAAAGCAUUUCUGCUCCUGGUUGCUGUCCAGCGCCCCCCCCCCCCGAUCCCAAGCUCGAAUGUCUACCUACUGACCAGUUCUAUGAUUGGGAUUAUGAUUGAUUAUGCUGCCCUCACUGAGUGGGGUCAGGUUUGGGAUAGGCUGUACUCCCUUAACUUGGGUGGGGUCAGGAUUGGCCGUGCUGCCCUCACCGGGUGGGGUCAGGAUUGGCCGUGCUGCCCUCACCGGGUGGGGUCAGGAUUGGCCGUGCUGCCCUCACCGGGUGGGGUCAGGAUUGGCUGUGCUGCCCUCACCAGGUGGGGUCAGGAUUGGCCAUGUGCCCUCACUGGGUGGGGUCAGGAUUGGCCAUGCUGCCCUCACUGGGCGGGGUCAGGAUUGGCCGUGCUGCCCUCACUGGCCAGGGUCAAGAUUGGCCGUGCUGCCCUCACCAGGUGGGGUCAGGAUUGGCCGUGCUGCCCUCACCGGGUGGGGUCAGGAUUGGCCGUGCUGCCCUCACCGGGUGGGGUCAGGAUUGGCCGUGCUGCCCUCACCGGGUGGGGUCAGGAUUGGCCAUGCUGCCCUCACUGGGUGGGGUCAGGAUUGGGAUUGGCUGUGCUGCCCUCACCGGGUGGGGUCAGGAUUGGGAUUGGCCAUACUUCCUUAACCUGGGUGGUGUCAGGAUCGGGAAUGGUUGUAGCGAAAACAGAAAUUACUGGAAAACCACAGCAGGUCUGUCAGCAUCUGCAGAGACAGAAACAAAGUUUGAUAUUUUGAGGCUCGUUCUGAAGAAGUCACACUGGACUCAAAAUAUUAACUGUUUCUCUCUCCACAGAUGUUGCCUGACCCACUGAGUUUCACCAGCAAUUUUUGUUUUCAGUGGCUGCACAACACUGUUUUGGACAAGCUUGGGUUUGUUUGUCGUUUUGACCCCAUUGCCUACAAUCAGCCUGUCAAACUCUUUUCGCCUCCUGUUCAAAUUUGAAUCUUUACCCAGACAAAUGUGAAGAAUCUCUGUGUCACAGAACGAGAUAAAACAGGGAUGGGGGUGAUCUAGGAGUGGCAGAGUUGGUAUAAAGAAAGAUGGGGUGAGUUUGUUGUUUUAUAUGAGCAGCUUUUCUGGGACAAUGGAAUUGGUUGUUUCCUUUAAAGAUCAUUGUAUGUUCAUUAGUGAACGACACUGUGGCCUUUCUCCAGUAGAAGAUGAUAGACUGCAGGGAUUCUACUAGCCAGGCUUAGGCCGUGACAAAACCACACCCUGGCCCAGAUCUCAGUCAGUAAUAGGGGUAAGCAUUGUUCUUGACCCUGAUCUUUGUUCAGAACUUUUUGCUGUAUUGAGUGUCAGAAAGAGGCCAGGAUUAAACAGGGUCGUGCAUUUGAUUGCUUUAAACCCCAAAUUACUUCCUCUUCCUUCACACUCACUGUGUGAGCACUCUUAUUUGGAGUAUAAACCUGCCUCAUUGUGCAGUUUGUUCCCCAGUGAAUGGCUGCAUCGCCCAGUGGACAGGUCAACAGUCACACUGACAUGGCAAGGUAUUGGUGCUGUAUGUGUGGGAACUGAGUGUGAGAGAAUUAGCUAUCUGCCAAAUCAUAUUUUCUCUGGUCUGAAACACUGCAUGGAUCAUCUGUUUUUGGCCUGCAUGUAAUCCAGUAAUUUACAGGUCAAUCUGGUUUUUAUUAACUCAAGCCACAUAACACCAGUUUACAGUCCAACAGAUUUAUUUGAAAUCACAAGCUUUUUGAGCACUGCUCCUUUGGUCAGAUGAAUGACUUCACAAGAGCAGCGGUUCAAAAGCUUGUGAUUUCAAAUAAACCUGUUGGACUGUUACUUGUUUUAGUGUGACUUCUGACUUUGUCCACCCCAGUCAAACACCAGCACCUCCACGUCAUGGUUUUAUUAACACAAAGGUGGCUGGUUACAAUCAUGGAGGAAGAGAUAUUGAGAGUUAUGCCCAUGUCAGCCAUCUCCCUGUGAACGUAGGCUGCUCUCCCCCUGGAGCUCCCUGCUGGUUGGUAAUUCCCACCCUCACCCCCUCCGCCCCUCCCUGGCUCUGUACAGAUUUCUAUUUCACACUGACGCUGCCCACUCCAGGUAGCUGGGGUUCCUCUGUUCUGCAUCUUCCCAGUUUAUGGCCUUCUCAAUGAUAAUCCCUGACCUUUGUACGUGCCACGGUCCCUUCAAGUUUAGACCCACCUACAAGCAGCAGUUUUUUGUAUUUGGUGCUAUGAAGGGAAACAUUUUCAUAGGAAGUGGCCACUACCUUUUAUAAAAUGCCUUUGAGAGAGAGAGUUUAUUUUUAUAGGUGUUUAUUCAGUAUUUAUGUAUCACAGAGAAGAUGAAAAAAAAACACUUGUAAAAUUGUAUUGCAGUUUAUGUGUAAGAGUUUGUAUCACACAGGCGGGGGGGUGGUGUGUAUGUUUUAUACAUUUUUUCCAUGGAAUACAGAACGAUCAACGUUUCAGUGAAAGGGACAGGAUGUGCUGGAGCUCAGCAGCUCGCCAUGCCCACAGCCUGUCACACCAGGAUCUGUUGUGAUUUACACCGCAAAAGCUUUUUUUUCAAAAAGAGAGAAAUCCUGCUUGUUUACUUUUAUUGUUGUGUUUGGAUUCUGUUUUUUUCCUUUGUUUCCAGAGCUCUGGAAAGUUUGUGUAUGUAAACACAGUACUGUGUCCAGAGACAUCUUUCUGUAUUUGAAAAGAAUAAAAGUGCUGUUUGGAUAAACA